AUGGGCUCUGAAGAGCAAAGAGGACUUCUGACAGCAAGGAAUCCAGAAGAUAACGACGUUAUUGAGAUUGAAAGCGAUCCUGAGGAAGAUGAGCGUUUUCGGAACUACCUGAGUCUCACUAGAACUGAGGGCAUGGGGAAUAUGAGACCAAGAGAUUCGUUGAACAGGUUUGCUGCUAUAAACCAGGGAAGUUCCGAAAUGAAUAGUGAGAUACUAAGUGAUGACGAUGACUUGCAGGUAGUGAGUGAGACAUUACUUGAUGAUGGUGGACCUAUAGAUUCUCAUGCUGAGUAUGUCGACUUAGAAACCGAUGAGAUACCUCGUGUUGCACUAAUUAAUCCAGCAAAUUCCGCUCAGAACGAUGACGAUAUCGAAAUUAUUGAAGAGAGAACCCGAGCUCCAAGCUUUCUGCUGAAUUUGCCAGGUGGAGAGUAUCUAAGAAUUAAUGGCACACCGUCUGACCGGCCUUUGAGGCGCUCCUUUCAAAAUCAACGCAGUCGCUAUUUCAAUACCACAGAAGCUCGGAGAAGAUUACUAAGACGGACGGCUAGACGAGCAACCAGCCUCUUUGUGAACUCAAAUGAUGAAAACUUUGACCAUAUGAACUCCAGUGGUGAAAAUCAGUUGCCUUCUUCUGUUAGGCAACGUCGUCAACAAAAUUCAAUGCUGCAACGGCAUUCAGACACACAAAGAGGUAGAGUACCGCGAGUUGAACCCGAACUGAACAAUCCAGCAUUUGCCUCUUUGAGAGCUCGUAUUGAUGAACUUCCACUGGAUGUGCGAAGUGCUUUUGAUCAUGCACAGAGCAUGCACGAAUUUAGAUCUAUUUUACAAUCCGUUGACCGACAUUCCUAUGAAGAGCGGCAAGAUGAGCUAACGAGCUUAUUUACGCAGUACCGUGCACAUAUAAUGCGUUCUUGGGCUAGUGACAGAAUGAUGCAAAUGCAAAGGGACCGUCAAGGGCCUGAAAUACGGGGAGGAUCUGAGCAAGGACGGCUCAGGAAUCUUCGUUAUCCACCCACUCUUGCAGGAAUCAUAGCUAGAACCUUUACACCGAUAUUUGGGCGCAUGAGUAUGGGCUACGAUGACUUCGACGAGCCUUAUAGCCCUUACGGAGAAUAUGAUGAAGAGAGGCAAACCCAGAAUAUUAUCGAAAUGAUCCAGGCUCGUGAAGAACAGGAAAAUGACUCACGUAAAAAGAAGUAUAUGGAAGACUCUAGGGCAAAACAAGAAGCAUUUUUGAAGAAAGCGGAAGAGCUACCUGAAUGUUUUAGCUCUUCGUUCGACACAACACCCAAAAUAAAGAUAAAAAUCACUAAAAAUGGCAAAGAAGAAGAAGUACUAGUGACUGAUGAUCAAGCUGCUGAGAAUUAUAAAGACAUUGCUGUAUGUUGUUUGUGCGGUGUAGAGUUGGGAAUAGGAAUACCUUCAGAAUUCCUUGGGAUAUCCAAGCUUGAUCGAGGAGUAUCGUUUGAAGGUCUUACUGCUAAAUACCAAUUCCAUUGUCCUUACCAGUCAUUGGCUAAACCUUCUGUAGCUGAUAGAGACCUUUCUAAGAGGACCUACGUGGCAUCGUGCGGUCAUUCUUUUUGCGGGCGUUGCUUUGCGAGAAUUGAUAAUGCUAGGUCUUACAAUAGAGCAUCAAAAAAGAAGCUAAAUCAAUUAAAAGGAGCAUCGCAUCCAGAUAAUUACGGUCCCAGGCAAUGCCCAGCAGACGGAUGUAACAAUGCCAUUCGAACUAGAGGUAAGAUGAGAGAAGUUUUCUUCUAG